AUGGAGUAAAAAUCUUCAAAACGAAUGUGUUCAAUGGAUUCUAAUUUCGAGCAUGCUGAAUUCAUAUCAGCUAGAACAGAUACCAAAUAGCGUUUAGGAGAAUUAUUCAUUCAGCAUCCCACAAAAUUGGAAAUGUUUGGUCUGAGAUAAGUAAGUUCCAGAAUCCCAAAAUUCAAACAUAAAAAACCUCUAUUCGAAUUACCCAUGAGUGAUACGUAAAGGUCAUUGACACAUCAAACAACUUCGAUUAUUGAUUGUAGCAAAUGUAGUCAAAGUCUCUCAAAAAUGAUCAAUAAUAAAACCCAUCAUGAACAAUUGGUUCUCUCAUAACCUACUCUAGUAGCUGAAGAGAGGAAAGAAUUAUAAUUGUAACCCCCAAAACGAUUGGCGAGUCAUCAUGGCAGAUUAAGGAAUGAGUUACCUCCCAUAUUGGCUCAUCCUAAUAUUUCACCACCUCCCUCCUUUCAGCAAUCUCUCAAGACACAAACUAAACAAAAAACAUUGGGAAAAUUGUCUUUCGGACGAAUCUCUAAGAAUCUUGAUCAUGAUCUCAUGCAAGUCAUUUAAUCAGAACUUCAGAAGCAAUUCAAUAAUAAUCUUCAAAAAGACUAUCCAAUUGCUAAGAUGCUUUAAAAAUAUGUAUUUAUGGUUGUCUAUGCAAUUCAAGCAAAACUUAAAAAGGUCUAAGUUGAUCUCUCUUAGUCAGGCCAUCAAGGAUUUUAAGAGGUCGGUGCAGUCGGAGGACAAGUCAAAUACUUUUGA